AAAAAAGAGAGGGAACCUGAUUUGCUGCAAAUGCCAAAGAGAGCUAGGCGGCAUCUCCGAUGGGGAGCUCGUUUGAAAGGAAAGCUAGCCACUCACUGCCUGCCUCGCAUCCAUUCUCUGCCCUGCCCUGCUCUUCCUUGCUCGAACGAAGCGGGUUAAGGCGCCCCGGCGAGAAGCUGCCUCCACCGCCUCCCUCCUGCAGGAACCAGCCUCUCCCGCCGCCUCAACUGUACGUGGCCGAGGGAGGAAUCCAUGGCUACUCCACCCCGCCAGGUUCUGCAGUACAGCGUGAAACUGCUUUUCCUCAGCGAGGAGCAGCUCCGGGAAGGGCUGCGCCUCUCCCACCCCAACCAGAAAGCCCUCCGGCUGGAGGUGCACGCGCGAGGGGAGGACGCGGAGAUGACCGUGACGGACGUUGAUGGGGUAUGUGUAUUUAAAUGCUUGGUUAAUAAAGAUACGGAAUAUUGCCGUGUAGGAAAAGAAUCCAUUUUGAUAACACUUGGUUACAACAGCGCCUUACUACAAUUCACGUCACAUUCUGAAUAUAAGAUGUUUUCAAAUGCACUGAACAGCUGUAGGAAUAUAAAUAAGGAACACUCUGUGUUCAGUCAGAGAACAGAAGACUCCUCUGCAGCUCAAUAUUUUCAGUUUUAUGGUUGCUUAUCUCAACAACAGAAUAUGAUGCAGGAUUUUGUAAGGACAGCUACAUAUCACAGAGCAAUACUUCAGAAUCAUACAGAUUUUAAAGAUAAGGUGGUCCUAGAUGUUGGGUGCGGAUCAGGUAUUCUUUCAUUUUUCGCUGUGCAAGCUGGAGCUAGAAAAGUCUAUGCCGUUGAAGCUAGCUCGGUGGCAAAAUAUGCUGAGAUUUUAGUCCAGAGUAACAAUCUUGCUGAUAAGAUCAGUGUUCUCUCAGGAAAAAUUGAGGAAAUCACCCUACCUGAAAGUGUAGAUGUUAUAGUUUCUGAACCAAUGGGUUACAUGCUGUUCAAUGAAAGGAUGCUGGAAAGUUACCUUCACUCCAAGAAAUGGCUGAAGUCAAAUGGAAUGAUGUUUCCAACAUUUAGUGACAUUCAUUUGGCUCCUUUUUCUGAUGAACAGCUCUACAUGGAACACUACUCCAGGGCCAAUUUUUGGUAUCAGCAGUGUUUUUAUGGGGUAAAUCUGUCCAGUCUCCGUAAUGCAGCAGUAGAUGAGUACUUCAGACAGCCCAUUGUAGACACAUUUGACAUUAGAAUUUUGAUGGCCCGGACAGUGAAAUACACUGUUAGUUUUAUAGAAGCAGAAGAGGAAGAUUUGCAUAGAGUGGAAAUCCCUUUUGUAUUCCAAAUGAUGCAAUCUGGAUUAAUUCACGGCUUGGCAUUUUGGUUUGAUGUGGCAUUUGUUGGCUCACUGGUAACAGUUUGGCUCUCAACUGCUCCAACAGAGCCUCUGACACAUUGGUAUCAAGUGCGCUGCCUUUUCCAAACUCCUCUCUUUGCCAAAGAAGGGGAAACACUUUCAGGGGAAGUCUUAUUUAUAGCAAAUAAACGGCAGAGUUAUGACAUCCAGAUUGUUGCCAUAGUGGAUGAGACAGGCUUUAAAUCAGGCAAUGUGCUUGAUUUAAAGAAUCCAUUCUUUAGGUAUGCUUAGAUUUUAUGAAACUAACCUGCUGGAAGAACAGCCAGGAUUAUAAAUAAACCAAGGAGCCUAUGAACAGUUAAAUACGAGCAUAUUGGCAUUGCUGCUUCUGUGAAAUCUGUAUGUACAUAUUAAAAAAAAAUAUUUUCUACAAAUUGUAUAAUAUUCGUGAAAACUAUUUUUUCAGAUGUACAGUAUAUCUCAAUCUUUAAACACAUCUGUCUGGAGCUGUUAUCCACUGUACUGAAUAAAUGGUACUUGGUUGGCUUAGCACUUAUACUUUGAAAUUUCUUCUGGUGGAAUCAGCAGGAACAAGUAAAUGUGUCUAAGUUUGGAGUGUUAGUCCCAUAUUUCUUUUUUGAAUUACUCUGUUUGUUCCACCUGAUCAGAAUCGUACUGCUGCAGGAGAUUAUAUUUGGUUUCUCUUUGUAAUGCUGACAUUCCUUUCAUUUUUAUUCUUUCCCUUGGAAUAUUCUUAACAUAACCUACCUCAUCUCUCUGUACAUAUACAGAAUGUAUGGGAAUAAUAUGAACAAAAGGCUACGAUCAUACUUAAGUCUGCUUUAGUAUUUACAAUAUAAAUUUAAAUAUCUAGAGUUUAUUCUCAGCUAGCCAAUAAUAAAUAAUUAACUAUCUAGUAGCAAAUGGUACUAGACUAUUUACUUGACAGAUGUCACCAACCUAUAUUAAUAUUAAUGGUUAGAAACAAACAACCCAUGUGAGUCAUUCAAUAAUUCAGUCUUUAUGCUGUUUUAGAAUAAACUUUAGGUUGAAGAGCAUAUAACCUCUGCAUCUAUAUUUCUGUAUAUUUCAUAUAUUCUGUAAAUAUGAAAUAUAUGUAAAAUAUAAAGAGGUUGUAACAGUGUGAUUUUCAAAAAUGUAUUAUCCAACCACCACCACCCUUCCCCAGCCCCCUAUUGUAGUUUUCACUUUGUGUUUCUAUUUUGUCAUUUAAUUGGUCACAUUUUAUGUCCAAAGGGGUGCAACCUGAAGUAUUUAACCAUGAAGCUCUAUUUGAUGUGGAAUCAUCUUUUAGGAUUUUGCUAGGGAUUGUUUAGAGCUUCAAAAAAAGAAAAG